AUGCCUGGCCGACUGCCCUCAAGUGCCGAUUUCCCAUCCUCUGCGAAGUUGAGCAUCACGCCACCGCCCACUCCACAACCGCCCACCAACGUUUUGAUCCUGUUGCACGGCCUUGGCGACACGAAUGCGUCCUUUACAAGACUGGGACAACAACUAAAUCUGCCAGAGACAGUAUGCAUCGCUGUACAAGCACCCGCCCCACUGCCAUUCGAUCUCGGCGGUUUUCAUUGGGGUGAUGACAUGAUAUUCGAUCAGAAGACGGGUGAAAUGGACAUGGACACUGGGUUCAAGGCGUCUAUGCGACUCGUCCUGGACAGUGUGAUUCGCGAGGGGCUGAUGAAGAAGUGUGGCUACAAAGCGCGUGAGAUGAUCCUCUUUGGCUUUGCGCAAGGCGGCAUGGUUGGCCUACAAGCAGCGGCAGAGCUUGAUGGCGAAGAGCUGGGCGGGGUCAUAAGCAUAGGAGGCACUCUGCCACUGUCCUUGUCCGUGAAAGCACAGGAAAAGAAGAGCAAGACUCCGGUUCUGGUAUGCAAGGCAUCCAGAAACUCGGCAGUCACCGACGGCUCCGUGUCGAGAAUCAAGGGCGUCUUCGAAUACGUAGAGAUCAAGGAAUGGGCUAAAAGGGGUGACGGCAUGGCGAGUAACCGCGAGGAAAUGAUGCCAAUCAUGCAAUUCUUCGCCCGCCGGUUGCGAAGCACUCGAGGCGUCCCCGCAGGCAGUGUUGAGUUGACAUGA